GCACAUAAAUCACCUAUAUAUAUUUUCCCACAUAUCAAAUCAUUUCAUCAAUUACUACCUUAACUUCAUCACACAAACAUAAAUCACAAAAUUAAUUAACAUGGCUAGCAAAGACUUUUAUAGCAGUGGUAAAGUUCCUGGACAAGCUCAGAUAAGAAGGGAUGAAUCGACAGACCAAGGCCAAGCAACCAAUUUGAUUCAAGAGACCGGGACACAAGUGAAGAACAUGGCUCAAGGAGCAACACAAGGUGCAGCUAAUGUGGCUCAUGUAGCUGCAAAUAUGGCUCAAGGAGCAGCACAUGGUGCAGUUAAUGUGGCUCAUGGAGCAGCACAAGGUGUAGCUAAUGUGGCUCAUGGAGCUGCUAACAUGGCUCAAGGAGUAGCACAAGGUGCAACACAAGGUGCAUCUAAUGUGGCUCAUGGAGCUGCAAACAUGGCUCAAAACACUGCUGAAGCUGUUAAGAACACUCUGGGAAUCAAUCACCCUAUAGGCACUGCUUCUACUAACAAUAUUACUGAAGGCGGAUCCAGAAUUUAGCGUUUGAUGAUAAGUUGAACAUUUUUCCUUACGCAUAAAUAAUUUUUAUUUCAUUUUUAUUUUUGUUAUAUUACUACUAUUGUAGACUGUAAGAUGUAGCACCUAUGAUUUGUUGCUAGCUAGCAUGCACACUACAACAAUAUUUAUAUAUCGAGUUGUACUAUUUCCAACUUUCCAAGAAACACAGUUACUUUUUA